AACUCAAACAAAGAGCAAUGCAAUUACAAGCAACAUAGGUUGUUAAUGUUCUGUUUCGUCACACUUUUGUUUUGACUCUUGCCAUUUGCCAACCUUAACUUCCUUCUCUAACGUAAUUUCCUGAUUUCCUUCUCUUCUUUUGCCCGUGAUACUGUCCUCACCCCAGAUUCCAUUUUCCCUUCUUCAUUUCUGGGUCUCCAUCUAUUGGCCUUCUUUUCCUGUUUCUGAGGUGUGUGGAUGUUAAAGUUCUAGCCUUUGGGUGCUUUGGCUAUUUUUUCUGCUGCUUUGGGUCAAAUAUGAAGAUGGGUGUUCAUCCUUAGCCUUUGAGAAUCUAAGCAUUUUCUUGAUUUGGAGAGAAAGAUGAAGGAUUUUCCUGGGACACCAGGCACUGGCCUUGGUUUGGCUCUAAGGAUGUCACAGUUCAUUUUUGCUGCUGGAUCAAUUGCUUCCAUGGCUACCACUCCCAGUUUCUUUAAUUUUACGGCUUUUUGUUACUUGAUAGCUUCAAUGGGUUUACAAGUCAUUUGGAGUUUUGUGCUUGCUUUAUUGGAUGCAUAUGCCUUGGUGAAAAAGAAGGUCCUCCACAAUGCUGUACUGGUUAGCCUCUUUGUAGUUGGAGAUUGGGUAACUGCAACACUAUCUCUAGCUGCGGCGUCUUCCUCAGCCGGCAUCACGGUUUUGUACUUCAAUGAUCUGGGGCACUGCCAUUUUGGAGAGGAAUGCCAAAAGUACCAGAUUUCAGUAGCAUUAGCCUUCUUGAGCUGGAUACCUAUUGCAAUAUCAUCCCUAAUUAUGCUUUGGCUAUUAGCUGCAGGGUAGAAGAUUCUAUAUUCGGCUCAUCCAACAUGAUAUUGGAAAUUUUCUUUGAAAGUGUCAAUAGGAAAGGAAAUAGAUUAGAGGUUUACACUCAUUUAAAUCAAUUCCUUCAUUUCAACUAGAAAUGGAAUAGCUGCAGAUUGUAAAGAGUAAAAAAGUAUACGUGGUUUUUGCCUUGCAAAGAAAUUAGGUUACUAAAGGUGUUAUGCGGAAUUCCUGAUCCUGUGCUGUGACUAGAAGGUCAAAACUUUUUUGUUUGUCCCUUGGAUCAUUUAUGUCUAUAAAUCAUUUUCUUACAGCUGC